CGCCACUUGCUCAGACGCACGCCAUUAACAUAUUACGCGCCCGUCGACCCAACCCUCCUCCUUUCUCCCUCCGUCUCUAUCCCUUUCUCUCUCAUCUUCAGCUCCUGUUCUCUCUCUCUCUCUCUCUCUCUGCCCUUUUUGCUGUGCGGAUGGUUUGACUCUAUCUCCGUCAAUAACUUCUUCCAUCUCCCUUCAUUUUCGUCUUCUCUCUCUCAGAGGAUAAGGUGAGCAGAAUGGAAUCACCGGAUUCGUCGUCAUACGUGUCGUCGCCGGAGCGUCCGCCGAAGCGAUCCGGCCCGCCCAAGUCUCCGACGUCAGAUACUACAGAGAAGCCUACAUACAUAAAAUUCCUCGUAUCAAAUGCAGAAGCAGGUUCUGUCAUUGGAAAGGGUGGCUCAACAAUUACUGAUUUUCAGUCACAGUCUGGAGCACGAAUUCAAUUAUCCCGCAAUCACGAGUUUUUUCCUGGAACAUCUGAUAGGAUUAUUAUGGUAUCUGGAGCAGCAAAUGAAGUAAUCAAGGGGAUGGAACUUAUACUCUCUAAGUUAUUGAGUGAGAUUCAUGUUGAAGAUGGUGAUGAUGUUGACCCAAGAUCAAAAGUGAGACUGAUUGUUCCAAACAGCUCUUGUGGUGGCAUAAUUGGGAAGGGAGGAGUCACCAUAAAGUCAUUUAUUGAAGACUCGCAUGCUGGCAUUAAGAUCUCCCCUCAAGAUAAUAAUUAUUUUGGAUUGAAUGAUAGGCUAGUUACGCUAACAGGUUCUCUAGAAGAACAGAUGCGGGCUGUUGAUUUGAUCCUGUCUAAGCUGAUGGAAGAUCCUCAUUACUCUCAAUCUAUGAAUUCUCCAUUUUCAUAUCCAGGUGUUUACUUCUCCGGUUUUCAUGCUAUUCCAUAUACAUAUGUGCUUCCUUCAGUUGGAACAGCAGCAUACAGCCCGAUGAACUAUGGACCCAAUGGUGCUGGGGGAAAGUUUCAGAGUAACAAGGAAGAUCGCAGCAACUCGGUGACCAUUGGCGUCGCAGAUGAGCAUAUAGGGUUUGUUGUUGGGCGUAGUGGAAGGAAUAUUAUGGAAAUUAGUCAGGUUAGUGGAGCCAGGAUAAAGAUAUCAGAUAGAGGCGAUUUCAUGUCGGGGACAACUGAUAGGAAAGUGACGAUCACUGGGUCACAGAGGGCAAUCCGUGCAGCUGAAGCCAUGAUACUGCAGAAGGUGGCUUCUGUUUCUGAGAGGUGAUAUGGCUGAAGUUUUCAGGUUGUCUUAUCCUUCCAUGUCUCAGAACGGUGUCUUCCUGCCGUUUCUCUCUGCAUUUGGUGAAUUUAUUAGUAUAAACCCAUGUGAAAAAAUGAUGAAAAGUUCAAACUCUGCAGUGAGGAAAGCAAGUUUUCAUUGAGGGACACUUCCUGUUGACUUCUCGGGGUAGAUGGAUAUAUUUCCAAAGAAAAACUUGUUAGAAAAAGUUUGGAAGAGGCCGGUUAAUUUAGUUCUACUUGAGCCAAUAUAACAAUUUGUGUUUAUUUUUAUUUUGAUGUUAUUUUAUUUUAUUUUUGUUUCAUCAGCAGGCAUUUGUAACUUUUAUAGAUUAAUUAGCUGGUGUAAUGUCCAUGGGGUACUAUGCUUGAGGUUAAAUUUCCCAAAA